CAAACAGGCCUACCCUAAGUGGGAGUUGAAACACAUACCCUCUGUAUACCUAGUAGACACUAGACAGACAGACAGACAUAUCCUAUUCCAAGAAACCAUGGACCUACUCACAAACUUCCUCGCCACCAUCGGCGAAGAAGUCGAAGACGCAGAAGAGGAAUCCUUCCUCCUCUUCUCCCAAGACAUCCCCUCCGCCAACCUAGGGUUCGUCGACUCCCGCGCCACAACCAUCGACCUGACCAUCCACGACCAAGACUAUACCAUCCACCAAUCUCCGACUCUGCUAUCAUCUUCCAGAGCAGGCGGUACAACUGGUGCAGUCCUCUGGAAAAUCACCCCCCUCAUCGCAGAAUGGCUCUCCAACAACAACAACAACAACAACAACAACAACAACAACACCACCACCACCACCACCACCAAGGAUAGCAACAACCCCCUCUGGACACACAACAUCCUAACACCGACCUCCACCAUCGUCGAACUAGGCAGCGGCAUUUCCGCCCUCCUAGCCCUAUCCCUCUCACCAAAGAUAUCUCACUACAUCGCCACAGACCAGGAAUACGUGCAGAGAUUGUUUCGACAGAAUCUGGAUGAGAAUGCCAGCACCAUUACUUCUACCUCUACCGGUGGAGGUAGUAGUAAAUCUUCCAGGUCGGGGAAGAAGUCCAGCAGGGCGUCAGCAUCUUCAUCUUCUGCGGCAGCUCGGAAAUCCCACCAGGGACAAGCGACUGGAACUGGGAAUGUGAUCUUCACAUCCCUAGAUUGGGAAUUAGAUGUUGCGGGGUCACUGAAGGAGGGGUUGGGGUUGUGCACUACUGUGGAUGAUAGUGGAGAGGAGGAUAAAGGUUUCGACGUGGUGGUGUCAUGCGACUGUAUCUACAACGAUGCGUUGGUAGCGCCGUUUGUGCGCACGUGUGCGGAUUUGUGUCGCUUGAGGCCGGUGUAUACUCCCCCUGGUAGUGGUGGCGGUAGUAGUAGUAGUAGGAGUAUUGAUGAGGGGGGUUCUAGUGGGACAGGAAGGGGGGGGAGGACGCCGACGGUGUGUGUGAUUGCGCAGCAGCAGCGGUCACCGGAGGUGUUUGAGGCGUGGUUACGGGAGACGUUGAGGGUGUUUCGCGUGUGGAGGGUGAGUGAUGAGAUGUUGGGGGAGAAGUUGAUGUCUGGGAGUGGGUAUUUGGUGCAUGUUUUGGUUUUGAGGUAGAUCUAGACUGGAGAUGGACUGAAUGAUAUAUGUCUUUUGAUUGAUUAUGGACAUGGCCUGAACUGUGGAAUUCUCAAAUGAGAGACUGGUGUCGUCUCUCAACUGCAUCUUUCCGGCCAGAAGCUAAACAGCUAUGCAUGUAUAAACAUCCCAAAGCAGUAUAUGGACAUUCUUGUGGGAAACAAGAGCAAGAAAAUAAACAGACACAAUAACUGUGCACCCGGGUUUUCAAGAGAUCAUCUUUGACUGGGGAUUAUAAAGGGUAUAGAAUGUACUAGUGAUUGGAG